UCAAUACUCGUUUUGUAUUGAAUGUCCUGGCAUACUCAAAUCAUAGAUAUAUAUAGACACAUAUGUUGAUUGCAAUAUUCAAUUCUUAAACAAAAAUGCAAAUUAAUAACUAAAUCUUCACAUGGACAAUAAAUGGUGUGAAUAGAAAAAAAAAAAGUUUUAACAAAAGGAAUCAUAUUCUCCAUCAUAAUGAAAAGAAUCAAAUAAUGAAACAGUGAUAAAUUAAAGUAAGAAAGAACAUUUUAAAGGAGUAAUCAAAAAGCUAAUUUUCCAUGAAAAUUCCUUGUAAAGAAACGAAAAUCCCAAGAAAUACACCAAGUAAAGGCAAAGAAUAGUAUACGUCACAUUUUAAAUAAUCCUAUGUAUAUAUAUAUACACACAUUAUCAUCAAACAAAUUAAACCUAUGUUUCAUUCCAACAGUAUUGAACAAAAUAUUCUCUGAAUUAACUUUCAAUCAAGUUUCCUAAAAUGUCUAGCUCUGAUUCAAGAGCAAAGAUGAUAAGCCCUUUGAUAGUAAAAGCUGGAAUCCCAGCUGCUCUUUCUGUUGCAGCUUAUGUUUGUGCAAGGAUAAUGUCGAAACAAUCGACUAAUUCGAUGCCAUCUCCAUCGGAUUAUUUGGAAGAAACUUAUCGUUCCAAUAGCCUUAAUCCAACUUAUGAUGAUCAAUACAAUGAAGAUAAUUCAAGUUUGCAAGCUCUAGGGAAUAUUAGUAGUAACUUAGAGGACAAGUUACUAGAGCUCGGAAUUCAUAUCGAAAAUCUUCAAAAGAGGGAAAGGGAUUUGAUGAGGCAAUUUGUUCGAUAUCGAGGUGUGAAGGAGAAAGAGCUAAUGUUAAUGGAGAUGAAGUCUAAGAUGAUGUUGGAAAAAGCUCAAGCCGAGUUCUUGCUAAAAGAGAUGUCAUUUGUACAAGAAGAGAGCCAAAGAAUUGGAAGUUUUAUCUUAGAGUACAUUAAAAUUGUGCAACAACUUGAAGAAUCUAAGAAGGAAAAUGGGUUGCUUGAGAGGAAAGCAAGGAAGUUGUGCAAAAGAGCAAGACAGAGAUUGAAGAUUAUAAGGGAAUUGAAGUUGAGGAUUCAAGCAAGGGAAGAAGAGGUGUUAAACAAUCAAGAAGAGAUUCAAAAAAAAGAUGAUCUUAUUCAAGAAUUGGAAGAUGAAAUUAAUCAAAUGAAAGAGGUUAUUGAUCAUUUACAAAGAGAGAAAAUUGAGGUCUCCAAUAAUAAGCUUGAAAUUGAUGAAAAUUUAUGUUCAUCAAAUCCAAAGAAUGUUGAAAUAGAAGGUGUAACAAAGGAGGAGCAUGAAAAGGUCCUACAAGAGCUAGAACAACUCCAAAAAGACCGAGAAGCCGAGGCAAGUGAAUUAACAUACCUAAAAUGGAGCAAUGCAUGCUUAAGGCAUGAAUUAUUAAGGUGCCAUGAGCUAAACAAAGGAGAAAAUGGGAACCAAGCCGAGGAAAUCGAGUCAUUGGAAGAUCACCGUGGUGAAAUUGAUGAGAAUUAUGGUUGCAAUAACAAAGCACUUUCGGUUCAUAAUGAUCAUGAGCUUUGUUUGAGUACUAAUAAUGGUCAUCCAUCUAGGAGGCGUCGGUUUAUUCUUAAGGUAAAGAAAUGGGUUGAAAGAGGAAAAAUGGAUGAAAAAGAAAAGGAUGAAGUUAAGUGUUUUGUUAAUAAGCUUUGUACUUCUCAUGAGGAGGAUCAAGAUAACCUAUUUGUUCAUGAAAGGAUGUCUUACUCAAGUGCUUAGUUUUAAACAUUUCUUCAUUUGAUUUAUGUAUUGUUAAUCAACUGUCAAUUCUAUGAAUGAUGUGAUCUUAUCAUACUUUACAACAUCAAAAGUGUGGUUUCAUGUAAAUUCGAUAAUUUCAAAUUAAUUUGCCCCUCCCCUGUUGUUGUUGUUGUUUUUUUUUUUAUUUUUUUAUUUUCGUAUUAAUUAUUUUAUGUUUAAUUAGUGAGUGAAAUUUCCCAUUUUCUUAUGAUUCAUUAUACAAGUAUAAAAUUUGGUCACAUCAUGUAGCCAUAUACGAAACAUGUUGGUAUUUCCCAUUUUCUUAUGAUUCAUUAUACAAGUAUAAAAAUUACGUAAGUUACGAGUACUAAUAAAGUAAUAAUUACGUAUUUUUAUUUUUUUUGCAAUAUCUUACAAAAAAUUAUUUAUAGAAUAAGCAGAACUUAUUUGCAUAUUAUCUAGCAAUAUAAAUUUUCGAUGAAUAUUAAUUUUUUUUUACGAUUCAUUUAUUUGAUGGAUAUGUGUACUCAAAAGAUAAUAAAAUUUAGGAAAAUUUGUCAGAAAGGUCAUUUUAAGUAGGCAUUUUGGUUGCAAAGGUCCUUUUAUAAAAAAUGUGGCACAGAAAGUCUUUUUAUUGCACUUAGAUUG